UAAAAGUUUUUCUGAAUCUCCCCUUCGUCCCUCUCUCCCUCCCCUCUUUUCCUAGGUGGACUUAAAACCACAAAUCUCUCCCUCUGUCUCUCCGUCUGUCUCUCUCUCUAUCCGAACCUCACUCCUCUGGACUCGACUUCAUGAAAUGAACUGCCGGAUUUCAGCGUGAUGUCUAUGUCUUUGAUUGUGAAAGAUGUUUGAUUGUGGUCAUAAGUCACAGUACAUGGGGGUCCAACGAGAGAAGUUUGUAAGGUUGGAUGACUUGGACUCCAAACUAUCAAUUUCUUCUGAUCCAGGAGUUAAUAGAUGCGGAUUCAGUAUUGACGGGUUAAGCCAUGCUGGUCUUGCGAGAAGUACAUCAUCUAGAUCUUUGAAGAAAGGAAUGAGAAAAGGAUCUGAAGGACUAAAGUCAAUUGGCCGAUCACUUGGAUUUGGGGUUUCUCGAGCAGUAUUCCCAGAAGAUCUUAAAGUGUCAGAAAAGAAGAUAUUUGACCCUCAACACAAAUUCCUUCAGUUGUGGAAUAAACUUUUUGUCAUAUCAUGUAUUCUUGCAGUAUCUGUGGACCCUCUGUUCUUUUAUCUUCCAGUCAUUGAUAGUUCAUCAAAAUGCCUUGGUAUAGAUCGUAAGUUAGCAAUCACAGCGACAACAUUGCGGACAAUUAUUGAUGCUUUCUAUCUUAUCCAUAUGGCUCUCCAAUUCCGAACAGCUUAUAUUGCCCCAUCAUCUCGGGUUUUUGGGCGAGGUGAACUUGUGAUAGAUCCUGCACGAAUAGCUAAACGGUAUUUGCGAACGUACUUCAUCAUUGAUUUUCUUGCUGUGCUACCACUACCACAGAUUGUGGUCUGGAGAUUUCUUCAUAGUUCAGAUGGUUCAGAUGUAUUGUCUACAAAACAAGCUCUGUUCUUCAUAGUCUUACUUCAAUACAUCCCUAGGCUGUUUCGAAUGCUACCCUUAUCUUCAGAACUGAAAAGGACUUCUGGUGUCUUUGCUGAAACUGCUUGGGCUGGUGCUGCAUAUUAUUUGCUUCUGUACAUGCUUGCUAGUCAUAUAGUUGGGGCUUUCUGGUACUUACUAGCUGUAGAACGUAAUGAUUCAUGCUGGCAGAGGGCUUGUGUUCAUAGCGGAAAUUGCAAGACAGAUUUCUUGUAUUGCAGUAACAGGCACACGGAGGGUUAUGAUGCCUGGCUCAGAGACAGUGACAAUGUUCUUAAUUCAAAUUGCUCUGUAGAAGGUGACAAUCCACCAUUUAAUUAUGGAAUCUACACCAACGCUCUGUCAUCUGGCGUUGUUUCAUCCAAGAAGUUCUUAUCUAAAUACUGUUACUGUUUGUGGUGGGGUCUACAGAAUUUAAGCACACUCGGGCAGGGGCUUCAAACCAGCAUCUAUCCUGGAGAAGUAAUAUUCUCUAUAGCUCUUGCCAUACUUGGUCUCAUACUCUUUGCACUUCUGAUUGGCAACAUGCAGACCUAUCUUCAGUCUCUUACCAUACGGCUUGAAGAGAUGAGGGUCAAAAGGCGCGACUCCGAGCAGUGGAUGCAUCAUCGCUUACUCCCACAAGAACUCAGGGAACGGGUUAGACGCUAUGAUCAAUACAAAUGGUUGGAAACACGUGGAGUAGAUGAAGAAAACUUGGUUCAAAGUCUACCAAAGGAUCUCAGAAGGGAUAUCAAACGCCACCUCUGUCUGGCUUUGGUGAGGAGGGUUCCUCUAUUUGAGAAUAUGGAUGAGAGGUUGCUGGAUGCUAUUUGUGAGCGACUGAAACCAAGUUUAUUCACAGAAAAUACCUUCAUUGUGCGAGAAGGAGAUCCAGUUGAUGAGAUGCUGUUUAUUAUACGGGGUCGCCUUGAGAGCGUAACCACUGGUGGUGGGAGGAGUGGAUUUUUCAACCGCAGUUUGCUGAAAGAAGGGGAUUUCUGUGGGGAGGAACUUCUAACUUGGGCGCUGGAUCCAAAAUCGGGUUCUAACCUUCCAUCUUCUACACGGACAGUGAAGGCCCUUACAGAGGUGGAGGCUUUUGCUCUAAUAGCUGAGGAAUUGAAAUUUGUGGCCAGCCAGUUCAGGCGCCUGCACAGUAGACAGGUUCAACACACCUUCCGUUUUUACUCACAGCAAUGGAGAACCUGGGCUGCGUGCUUUAUCCAAGCAGCAUGGCGCCGGUACUCCAAGAGGAAGAUUCUGGAGCUUCGGCGGAAGGAAGAAGAAGAGGAAGAAGCAGCAGCAGCUGCGGCAGCAGAAGGGCUGAGCGGGACCAACAAUAAUGUUCGAGGAGGCUCAUAUAGUCUGGGAGCCACCAUCUUAGCUUCCAGGUUUGCAGCAAAUGCUCUAAGGGGGGUUCAUAGGAACCGUAUCACUAAGAGUGCUAGGGAACUGGUGAAGCUACAGAAGCCUCCAGAGCCAGAUUUCUCUGCUGAUGAUGCAGAUUAAUAAUAUGAUAUAUAUGCUCAAUUGAUAUAGCUGGUUGUUUAUUGAGACUGUUUCUAGAUUUCAUUUUGCUUUCAGAAGGGCUAAGAACAAAUGUAUUAUAAAUACACACCCCAGUACAGCCUCUCUUUUUUUUAAUUGCGUCACUGUAAGGCUUUGCACUAGCAAAAUUAUAUGGUUGAAUCUUAUGGAUUGUCUCUUACUUCAGUCGUAUCUCGUAACCUCUUCGUUAUACUUUUA